GAAUAGUGUAAAAGUCAAAGCGGGUCAAGUAAUAAAGAACGGAGGAAGUAAAUAACAAGUACUCCACUUCCUAUUACAAUAGCCGACUUUUUGUAUUAGUAUUAGCAGACUUCGUAUUAGAUGGAGAUAACUAAAACUAUCCUUAUCUUGAACACAAUUACCACCUUCUUAAUAAAUUAAAACCAACAGCAUCAAAAAUAAAAAAGCAACAAGACUGUAAUACAUUAAUACCCCACUGCUCUUGUCUAAUAUCUUUUGGCUCCUGUCUAGUUCAACAUAUACGGAAUGUUUCCUUUGUAACAUUUUAGACAAUUCACACAAUUCAUAGUUCUAAAGUUUUGCCUUCUCUUGAUACCCGAAAUAUCUACCGAGUCGAGUGGAGUGGACUAGUACUGAAGUGUAUAGCUGUAACCCUUCAAUUUUACCAGAAACUUCCUCCUUACCUUACCCCAUCCUCUGCUUUCUUUAUAUCUCCGCUUACUCAAAUUCAAAACCCCUAUCUUCUUUCUUUCUCUCCUCAUUUUCUCAAGAAAACAGAGUCACCAUGUUUAUGUCUAUGGCUUCCUCUAAACUCCUCUUUGCAUGCUUUGCUCUCUUCCUAUCUCUUUCAACGGUCUCAGUAACAUCCCAACAAUUACUCCCUUUAACCCACUCACUCUCCAAAACCCAAUUCUCAUCUGCCCACCACCUCUUGAAGUCUACCGCCACCAUCUCAGCUGCUCGACACCGUCGCCAUACAAACAAAAACAGAAACCACCACCAACAAGUAUCUCUUCCUCUCACUCCCGGAAGCGAUUAUACGCUUACCUUCACCCUCAAAUCCCAAACCCUCUCUGUUUAUAUGGACACUGGAAGUGAUAUGGUUUGGUUCCCUUGUUCUCCCUUUGAAUGCAUCCUCUGUGAAGGCAAGUACCCCCCUGGCUCCCUUUCCCCUCUCAACGUCUCCAAAUCCUCUCUCCUCUCCUGCAAGUCUCCUGCUUGUUCUUCCGCUCACUCCUCCCUCUCCUCCUCUAACCUGUGUGCCAUCUCAAAGUGUCCUCUUGAUGAAAUCGAAAUAUCCGACUGUUCGAAGUACAGUUGCCCCUCUUUCUACUACGCUUAUGGAGACGGUAGCUUGAUUGCUGAGUUACACAGUGAGAAUAUACUUAUGCCUUCCACCUCAAAUAAUAAGCCCUUGAAUUUAAAGAAUUUUACCUUUGGUUGUGCUCACUCUACUCUAGGUGAACCCAUCGGAGUUGCUGGUUUUGGCAGAGGCUCUCUGUCUCUUCCAGCCCAAUUAGCUAACUUAUCCCCUGACUUGGGUAACCAAUUUUCUUAUUGUUUGGUUUCUCACUCCUUUGACUCCACCAAACUCAGACACCCAAGUCCCCUCAUUCUCGGCAAAUACAAGGAGACUGAAAUUGAUCAAUAUGUCUACACUCCCAUGUUGGAAAACCCCAAACAUCCUUACUUCUACUCUGUUGGAUUGGAGGCAAUAUCUGUUGGAAGUCGACGGAUUGAAGCACCGGAGAAUUUGAGGAGAGUAGACAUACAGGGAAACGGGGGAGUUGUGGUGGAUAGUGGGACCACGUACACCAUGUUGCCAAGCAAGCUGUACAAGGCGGUGGCAGCAGAAUUGGAACGGCGAGCAGGAAAGGUGUUAAAGCGGGCAACGCAAACAGAAUCCAUGACAGGAUUGAGGCCCUGCUUUUAUAUGCAUGGUGGGAAAGGGAGCUUGGGGUUGGGGGUAGUGAUUCCGUCGUUGACGUUGCAUUUCGGGAGGAAUUCGAGUGUGGUGCUCCCCAAGAAAAAUUACUUUCACGAGUUUAUGGAUGGUGGCGAUGAAAAGAAGAAUAAAAAGGGUAAAAAGGUGGGAUGCUUGAUGAUGAUGGAUGCUGGAGAGGAGGAGGAGGAGGAGAGUGGGCCCGGCGCUACGCUCGGAAACUAUCAACAGCAAGGUUUUGAGGUGGUUUACGACUUGGCGGAGCGCCGGGUGGGGUUUGCCCGCAGGGAGUGUGCAACUAUGUGGAAUAAUUUGAACCAGCACUAACGUGUGCCUGGGGGAGUUGACUUUUUGUAGAUGUGUCAACGCCAAUAAACUAUUGGCCGCACGUGAAGCUUAAGCUCAAGGUUUAGGCGUUUUGCUUGAGAUGAAUGAUGAUGGAUUUAAUGAGUUUGCACUUUGCAGUAAUUACUCACUACUCGGUCAUUUUCGUUUGUGCAGAUAGGUAAGUGGUUCCAAUUUCCAAUGGGUAAUAAUAGCAUCAUCAACAGGAAAGACGUGUUUGUAUAGAAUUUUUUCUUUUCCUUGUAAAUCAAGUAUUGUACUUUUGUAAUUAUCUUCUACAAGUAGUUUUAAAUCUUCAGGUGUUACUCUCUCUGUCUCAUUUUAUAGGUGUUA